AUGACUACAACAUCUCAAGUUGGGACUGCAACAGUCUCCCAGCCCGCUAGUUUGCACGAAAAUCUUGGAAAAGAUGCCCCACCUUCAGCCUCUGGAGGCAACGAGUACGCAGAUUCCGAGGAGAACUAUAAGCCCAAAACGCUCAAGUUUUGGCUCGUCAUCAUCUCGAUCUAUCUGGCCUUCUUCCUUGUUGCUCUCGACCGCAUGAUCAUUGCUACUGCUAUACCGGCAAUCACAAACACAUACGGCACUAUCGCGGAUAUAGGCUGGUAUGGUAGUGGCUACAUGCUUACUAAUCCACCAAAUCGCGAGAUGAUGCACUCGCUGACCCUCAUUGAAGUCAUCGUCGGUCGCGCAAUCGCUGGUAUUGGAGCAGCUGGACUUCAAUGUGGUGCGGUCAUGAUCAUCGUACCCCUCGUGCCAUUGCGAAGGCGACCCAUCUUCACUUCUUUUCUCGGUCUCGCAUUUGGAGUGUCAUCUGUAUUGGGGCCCUUCGUUGGAGGUACCUUCACGGACAACCCGACCUUGACCUGGAGAUGGUGCUUCUACAUAAACCUCCCCAUCGGUGCCUUGACGUUCGCAUGCAUAUUCUUCUUUCUGGAUCUCCCUUCAACACCUAAAGAGAAGCUGUCCAUUCUCGCUCAGCUCAAGCGCCUCGACCCAAUAGGUCUUCUCUUCUUCGUACCAUCCAUGGUAUGCCUUAUCCUCGCUCUUCAGUGGGGAGGUACGACCGAUCCCUGGUCGGCACCGAAAAUCGUCGGCCUGCUCGUCACAUUUGCAGUUACUUUCAUCGGAUUCCUGGUUGUGGAGUUUACGAUGCCGGAUACAGCCAUGGCCCCGCCUCGGGUCAUCUUGAACCGUUCGAUGGGCGGUGCUAUGCUUUUCAUCUUUCUCCUCGCCGGCGGUAUGAUGAACGCUGUAUACUACAUCGCCAUUUGGUUCCAGGCAGCUCAGGGCCAGUCUGCCAUGCAGGCCGGUGUACGCACGAUACCGUUGUGCACAUCGCUUAUUGUCUUCGGUAUUAUCACAGCAGUGAUAACUCAGAAGAUCGGAUAUUAUGUCCCUGCUUUACUCCUUUCGGCCGUUGUCGCAUCAAUCGCCAGUGGCCUCCUUUCUACACUUACGCCGGAGUCGAGCGCUCGCGAAUGGAUUGGCUAUCAGGUCUUCUACGGGUGCGGGCUUGGCUUUGGGGCUCAAACAGCGAACCUGGUGCCGCAGACUAUCCUGCCGCGCUCAGAUGUUUCCCUAGGCAUGGCGAUGAUCUUCUUCUUAAAUCAACAGGGUGGUGCUAUCUUCCUUGCUGUUGGACAAAAUCUGUUCUCGACCCAGCUCGUAAAGCAACUAUCGGGCAACUCCAACCUUGAUACUGAACUCAUCAUCAAUACCGGCGCAACAGACCUCCGAAAAGUGGUAGCGGCGAACGAGAUCGAUACGGUGGUAUCGGCGUACAGCUACUCAAUAACUCGGACGUUCCUGCUAGCAGCAGCACUCAGCGCUUGCACCAUCAUUGGAGCGUUGAUGGUGGAAUGGAGGAGCAUCAAGGAACGUGCGGGAAAGCCAGCAGAACAAGCGUCAAGAGAUGUAGAGAAAGAGGCUGCUUGA